AUGUCCGUUUUGUCUACUGCCGAGAGGGAGGGCCCGCUCCCACCCGCGCCAGCGCUCGAGCUCACGCUGUCUCGAACCGCUUCUCGGGCAAGCGACUCCAAGUCUCUCGCUUCUCAACACAGCGACACCAAAUCCGCUCCUCUUCCUUCCGCCGACACAACGGCGCCGCCAGCUACCUCCGGCCCGCCAGGCCCAGGCGGCCCAAAUGGCCCUCCCGGCGGACAGGAGAUUCCACAGAUGUCAAGAUGGCGGUUCUGGGCGAUCUUCGGCUCGAUCCUGGUCUCGAUCUUCCUCUUCGCCCUCGACCAGCUCAUCAUCGCCACCGCCAUUCCCGCCAUUGCCUCAGAGUUCAGAGCACUGGACCAGCUCUCGUGGCUCGCGGCCGGAUUCUUCCUGCCCCUCCUGGCUUUGAACCUGAUCUACUCCCAGUUCCUGGAGAUCUUUCCCUCGAAGCACGUCAUGUUCUCGGCCGUGCUGGUCUUCGAGCUCGGGAGCUUGGUCUGCGGUGUGGCGCCCAACAUGCCCGUGCUAAUCUUCGGAAGGGCGCUCGCUGGCGCGGGAGCAGCGGGCAUCAUGAGCAGCGGCAUGGUCAUCAUUGCCGAACUGGUGCCGCUCCGCGAGAGGGCAAAGUACUUUGCCUUUUCCGGUGCCGUGUUCGCCGUCGCGAGUGUGAUCGGCCCGCUCAUCGGAGGCGCGUUCGCGGACCACGCCUCGUGGCGCUGGUGCUUCUACAUCAACCUGCCCAUCGGCGGUCUCGCCCUCGCCGCUAUCGUCAUCUUCCAGCCCGCCUUCCCACCCAUAGGCCGCAAGGCCGAGUACAAGGGCUAUGAGCUAGCUAUGCUGGGCCGUGUGGCACGGUGCGACUGGGUCGGCGCCAUCCUGGCUGCAGCCUGGGCGGUGUGCCUCAUCGACGCACUCGAGUGGGGCGGUAUCUCUCGCUCCUGGUCCGACGCAGGCGUCAUCGUCUCACUCGUGCUGAUGGGCGUGCUCCCUGUCGCCUUCUUCGCGUGGGAGAAGUUCCUGGGCGAGAAACGCGCCAUGUUCAAGCUCCGCCUCUUCAAGCGCCGGACAGUGUAUGCCGCGUGCGGCGUGCUCUUCACGCUCUUUGCAGUGUACAUGAUUGCCGUGUUCUACGCCUCGGUCUGGCUCCAGAGCGUGUACGGCUUCACGGCUACUGAGGCGGGCGUGCGCCUCCUGCCCCUGAUCUUAUCGCAAGUCCUCGUCCUCAUCAUCACAUCGCGGGUCGUGCCCCGCAUUGGCCGGUUCAAGUUCUUCAUCGUCGCCGGCCCCGUGCUGCUCGCGGCAGGAAGUGGCGGUUUGUAUGGGUUCAAGUACGGCUCGCCACUUGCGACCCUCUACGGCCUGCAAGUCCUCAUUGGCGCCGGCACGGGGUGCGCGAUGCAGAACGCCUCGCUGUCGAUCCAGUGCGAACUGCGCUCCGAGCCCAAGCUCAUCCCCGCGGGCAUGGGUAUCGGCACUUUCGUCGGCUUCGCGGGCCGUAUCGUCGGCAUCUCGCUCGCGCAGAGCGUGUUUGGAAACGUCCUCAAACGGAAUGUCGUCAAGUAUGCGCCCGGCCUGAGUCCCGAGCUCAAGCACCGGAUUAUCCUCGAUAGUGCGGCGCUCUGGACGGCCGUCCCCGACAGCCAGAGAGAGGGCGCGCUCAUCGCCUACGCCCAGACGAUGCGCGACGUGUUCCUCAUCGGCGUGCCCUUUGCCGUCAUCUGCUUCGGGUUCGCGCUCCUGAUCCCGGAUCACAAGCUGCCCCCGAGACCAGGCAAGGGAAAGCCGGAGGCGCCGAAAGCCGACGCUCCCAAGCCUGACGCCGAGAAGACACCAGGCGACGCGGAGAAGGCCCUCGGUGAGGAGGAGAAGCAGGUCCAGGAGGUUGUCGGAGAUGGCCGCCAGCACAAGGACGCCAGCCCGGUAUAG